ACUCGAAAAAGUAUAAAUAACUGCUAUUUGUGUAAAUUUUAAAUAUUUUUAAACUUAGGACUCUUAACUUUUUGCAUACUAUUAUUCCUUGUCUAUUCUUGAAAAUGGAAACAGUUAAUCACAUGAUAACGGCUGCAGGAAACAGUAUAAAUAUCGUGUAAAAUCAACUCUCGGCCUCAAAAUUCUUUUCGGGAGAAGAGUGAAAGUUAAAUUUCGACGAUUAAAGUAGAAGAGGGGAGAAAUUUCGAAAUAUAUAAAUAAUGGGAUCUGCUAAAGAUAACAAGAAGGGUUUACUCCAACGUUUGGAUGAGGGAGUGGUCAUUGGUGAUGGAGGAUUUUUGAUUGCUUUGGAAAAACGAGGUUAUGUGAAAGCAGGACCUUGGACACCAGAAGUUUGUGUUGAGAAUCCAGAUGCUGUACUUGAACUUCAUAAAGAAUUUCUCAGAGCUGGUUCAGAUGUAAUGCAAGCCUUCACAUUUAAUGCCAGCGAGAGUAGCCUAACACACAGGGGAAAUGAAGCAGGAAAAAAAUUUUCCGGGCGUGACAUAAAUGAUGAAGCGUGUAAACUUGCUCGGAAAGUAGCAAAAGAAGGUGACUGCCUUGUUGCUGGUGGAUUUGCACAAUCUCCAAAUUACCGGCCAGGCACAAACAAAGAGAAAGUGCAAGAAGAAUUUCGAAAACAGGUCGACGUGUUCGUUGAAAACGGAGUGGAUUUUCUAAUUUGUGAGUAUUUUGAGCAUGUUGAAGAGAUAAUAUGGGCUAUUGAAGUCUGCAAAGAGACAAAGUUACCUGUGGUAGCCAACAUGUGUAUUGGUCCUGAGGGUGACCUUCACCAGAUAUCAUGUGGAGACUGUGCAGUGAAAAUGGUUAAAGCAGGUGCUGAUGUAGUAGGUGUGAAUUGCCGUUUUGACCCCUUCGUAUCUUUGGAAGCUAUGAAACUUAUGAAGAAAGCUUUGGAUGCCGAAGGACUUAAACCUCACCUUAUGUGUCAGCCUUUAGCAUUUCUUACUCCUGAUGCAGGAAAAAUAGGAUUUAUUCAUCUUCCAGAAUUCCCAUUCGCAUUGGAACCCAGGACUUGUUCAAGAUGGGACAUACACCGUUUUGCUAGGGAAGCCUAUAAUCUUGGAAUCCGUUACAUUGGUGGAUGUUGUGGUUUUGAACCAUAUCACAUCCGUGCUGUUGCAGAAGAGCUUGCAAAAGAAAGGGGGAAGAAACCCAUAGCAUCGGAGAAACACGACAUGUGGGGUGAAGGGCUGAGGAUGCAUACCAAACCUUGGGUUAGAGCAAGAGCUUGCCGUAGUUACUGGGAGAAGAUCAAUCCUGCUUCUGGACGUCCGUAUUCUGCUUCUUAUUCAAAACCUGACAAUUAAUGAAUCAAAGCUGAGUUACAAGUGAAGCAACAUUCAGAAAGGACAACGACUGAAACACUUCAGAAUGCUUCUCCAUAUAUGAAUACUUAAAUUUUAUGUUAAACUGUAUGUAUGCAUACUCGAUAAUAUAUAUAAGAACUUACCUUUAGAAGUGUUUAUAUAAAAAUUUUAUUAACAAAUUUGUAUUAUAGUAUCAGUUGACAUAUUAAUGUGUUUUUCUAAUAGUGUAUACAUAUCAUGUAAUAAGUAAUAAUUUGUGCUUUUUAUAUACUUCAAAUAAAUGCUUUUUUAUGCAUUA